UCGAUAAAUAUGUAUGCAUCAUCAUUUAAUACUAGUUCCACAAAACAAACACAAGGACUACCAUACCCUGCAGCACCGAUGAACAAUAUUGCUGCAGGGCAGCCAUAUUCGUCGCAUUACAAUGGUUCUUCUGUUGUCGGCCAUGGGACGGGUCCAUGGUCUACCGGACUAUGUCACUGCUGUGAUGACCCUGCCAACUGCUUGGUUACAGCCUUUUGUCCUUGCAUCACCUUUGGCCAAAUCGCCGAGCUUGUUAAUCAGGGUGACCCUAGUUGUGCAGGAAGUGGAGCAAUAUACGCGUUGCUAAUGGGAUUCUCGGGUUUAGCAUGCUUAUAUUCAUGCUUCUAUCGGUCAAGGUUAAGAGGGCAAUAUGGGUUGGAGGAGUCACCUUCUGCUGAUUGUUUGGUCCAUUUCUGCUGUGAGCCUUGUGCCCUUUGCCAAGAGUAUCGCGAACUCAAGAACCGUGGUUUUGACAUGGGCAUAGGUUGGGAGGCUAACAUGGAGAGGAAAAGGGCAACAGUGGUUACAGUAGCUCCUGCUGUGGGCAUUAUGAUGCGCUAAUCGAUUAGCAGCCAGAUGUUAUGCAGUUAGUUAAGAUUUUGGCUGAAUUAUCCUGUGAAAAUAGCCUUGUUCAACUUAUUCCGAUCCCUAAUAUUAGUAUAUGUAUCACUUUUUAUUUCGUUGUAUGUAAUUCACCAUCAAAUUAAGUUCAUAUGCUAGAUGAAUAGCAUUUUAUAUUUAUUCAAAGUAUGUGCAUAAUCAUCUAGAAUAAAUUCAAUGAAACAAAAUACAUAUCUACUCGUGUUUAAGUAUAUUUAAAAAUUACUACGCAUAAAGUAUUCACGGAAGGAUGGAGGAGUGAUGACUCCUUUUUUUGUACGCGUAUCAUUCUGAAGUAAACCAAUCAAUAUUAAUUAGAAUUGAAUCUCAGCUCAAUAGGUACACUUCGAAAUUAAGAAAAUAAAAUACAAAGACUAGACACAAGUACAUAACCAUUGAAAUUUGUUAACUUAUUAUCAUAUAGUAGUACGUAACAAAAAAACUACUACAUCAAAAACACUAGUACUAAAUUUGAUAACUUAAAAGUAAAAUACCGGCUUAACUUAUUAAAAAAAAAAAAAA